CUGUCAUCCACAAACACCCACCUCCGACCGAUUCCGAUGGCUUCAAAAUAAUAUUUGUUGCCCAGGUGAUGCCUUGUAAUCCUUAGAUGUUCACUGUCUGAAGACGAAGAGAAUGCAAGUGGCAGAUUUCGUGGUAAGGAUUUCGGGCGCUGGCGAUAUUGACUGCAAAUGAGAGCGAUCGUCAGCACCUUAUGUACGCUCGCAUUGCUCACAACAUCCAACUUGCAUGUCGACUUUUCGCUGCCGGAUCAACCUUAUUAUUACACGGCAUGGUGCCAUCAUGCACGCGGGAGCAGCACGUCUCGCAAGCGUUGACCUCACACCCACUCUACAGCCAUGAUUCCUGGUAUUCAUGUUCGACAAACUGACGGCCAGAACAGUCCAAGAAUGUCUGAUAAUAAUUCUCAGCCGGCAGCCCAACAACCAGGGGAGAAUAUUACAUCCUAUUCUUUGCGUCGACGACGACGUUCAAAUCGUGGGAUGAUGGGUCUCCAGCAUCAGGAACAUAUGGUCCAAGCGAUCCUUUCAACUACGAAUACAAGCUGUCGGAGGACAAGAAAUACGAGGCUGGCUGCUAGGAUCUGGAGAACAUACCUCGAAGAAUGUGGUGCAUUCGAUAUCGAGAUGGUGGAAGGAUGGAAGGAUGGACUAGAUGUUCUGCUCGUCUUUGCUGGUCUUUUCUCAGCCGUUGUUACUACUUUCGUGGUCCAGACCUCCCAGAGCCUUCAGGUUGACAGCAGUAAUGUCGUUGCAUCGCUUCUAUUCGAGCUUGUCAACGUCCAGCGCGCGGUCGCGAAUGGUUCGCCAGUGAACGAUGUUCCUCGAUCUGAGCUUCCCCCCUAUUUGACAUUUAACCCUGCGACAUUCGACUGUUGGGUCAACGAACUGUGGUUCACUAGCCUUUCACUCAGUCUCACCACCGCUUUAUUUUCUUUUUUAACCAAACAGUGGAUUCACUAGUACAUGGCCGUCCCGUCUGGCACCCCCCGAGACAGACGCCGCAUGUAAGUUCCGAUACAUGGGACUACAGCAGUGGCAUGUGGCUUUCAUCAUCGGAAUGCUUACCGUCAUCAUGACAACUUCCCUUGCCGUCUUUCUUAUGGGUUUAAUUCUCUUUCUAGUCCCAUUG